ACACACACACACACACACACACACACACACACACCGCGAACAAAGUUACGAUAUGUUUUUGAAAUAAAUUCACGGAAUAGUGGAGCCAUUUCGCCCCGGAAACUACUUCCGGGCCGCGGAGAGGGGCGCAACGUCCCGGCGAGAUCCGCGGACGCACGCGCGUGUUUUCUCCCCGACGGCAUUUGUUAUAUCGCAUCUUGACUUGAGUUGCGUUGAACUCCACGCAGUCCGAAGGAAGCGAGCUGGCGCUCGCUGGAAAACUCGCGUGCCGUUUCACUUCCUUGUUGCACAGAGUGCGAUGGGAGGCGAGGAGAAGUUCUUAGAACGCAGACGGAGUUGUUUCACUUCGACUUUAACCACAUCUGGUUAAUGGAUUUACACACGUGCACGAGCUGCAGCGGUACGGGAGAACUGGAUCGUACACGUAGAGGGCCUUGAGGGACCAUGAAGUGGAAUGCGACUGUAGCUGGACACUGGUAGCUCUUGGAGGCUAAGUGGCUAAACCUAGCCAAACCUAGCGAGCGAAACUGAAAGAUUUCCGUCCCGGAGUACAAUGGUUGAGUACCAACUGGCUCUAUAACUAAACAGUUUAUUGUGGAUUUAAUGAGGCGGAAUCUACAUGUGCCGAGUGUCAUGUAAUCGCGACCAUAAUUGACUUUUAUUGAAUCUCAUACGAGCUAGCUUUGUAAUGCUAAUGUUUAGCUUUUUGAUUUAGCGUUAGCUCGCUAGCUAGUCUUUAAAUGUGAACGUGCUGUAGGCUAACUAGGCCAGCCCGAUGUUUAGUUCCACGACACCCCCAAGGGAACAUAGUUUAAGUAUCACAAUAUAAAUAUACGGAUUUAUUCUCAACGUGGCUCCAGGGCGGGGGGUUAUUUAGUAGAUAAAUGCCUAAUUCAGAGCUGCUGCGUGAGGGUCGGGGUCGGAGCCCCUCGGCUCAGAGAAAUGCUAACAGGCAGGACAGGCGGAGUAAACCGGGGAGCGGUGGAGCUGCCGCCGCCAUCGCUCAGCGAGACAGACACCGAGAAAAGAGUCGGUCGUCGGCUUCUGGGAGGAAGAAACGCAGGCCGACCAAGGGGAGAGACGCGUGGCCCGCGGGGGCGAAAGGAGACCCCGGCGGUGACCGAAAGGGCACGUUUGACAAAGACGCCGAACUUCGGACAUUGGUCGAGUACGACGACGUGAGCUCCCAGUCGGAGCGGUUCUCUGGCAGCCCCUCUCCGAAGCUGGACCGACUCAGCGACGGGGACCUCGGCGACUACAACGGACCGGCGUCCCCGGAGAAGAGCCACCCGAGAGGCCGGGAGGCGGCGUGCGUCGGCAAAGACGCGCGAGCACCGUCCGAGAGGAGCAAGCCGGAGAAGGAGCCGAGCAGGAAGAAGGAGCGCCAGAGCCGCGAGAGAGACGCCUCGAAAGUUCGGGGUGGAGGUGGAGGUAGCAUUGGGGUCUCUAAAAAUCCCAGAGACACUGCAAGGAGCAAUGACCGAAAUGGCAAAAGGACAUCUGCGGCCCCCUCAGCCCAGUCCUCGCAGUCUGCAGAGAAGAAGGAUUCAAAAGGGCCGAAAAGUAAACCGCGAUCUGAGAAAGAGACGCCGUCUGCAUACAGAGAGGCGCCACAAUCGUACAGAGACGAGCGAGAAGACCUCAGGCCACACAAGAAAAGUCCCGGUUUCAAAGCGGAGAGUCCCUAUGGGACGUCCCAUCCGUACAACUACCAGUCUCCUGCUGGUUAUAACCAGCAAAUAUCGAGAAGAAGCCCAACCUAUGGGAGCAAAAGACUCUCUCCCAGUUCCAAGUAUUACAGCCGGGAUGGAGAUGGCUACGGGGCGUACGGCGUGUCCAAGUCACCCACGUCGUACUCCAGCAACAAAAGGAAGCGGUCCCCAACGAGCCCGGCGAAGUGGCGGCGGUCUCCGAGUUACGGGCGCCACAGUCCGUUUGAGCAAGGAGAGUUCGGCGCAAGUCCGUAUGGAACCCGCAGGAGAUCACGAAGUCCGUACAGAAAGUCCCAUAGUCCAGAUGUGAGGCGCUCUGCUCGAUCGCGGAGCAGGAGUCCGUAUUCAUCCACGAGACAUUCGCGCUCUCGUAGCCACCACCGCCACUCCCGCUCCCGCAGUCGCCCCUCCAGCCUCUCGCCGAGCACGCUCACCUUCAAAACCAGCCUCGCCGCUGAACUCAGUAAGCAGAAAAAGGUCAAAGCUGCAGCGGCGGCCAAGGCCAAGAACUCCAGCGACGCGUCUACUCCGACCGCGGGUUCCUUGUCGGCGCCUCAGCCCAGCCCCAAGUCCAACCACGCGCCCAGAAAGGGCCGCCCUCCCUCUCCGCCGCCGCCAGAGAAAGGUCCCAGAACCCCCACGCAGAGCCUGCCCCCGUCGCCCCCCGACGGGUCGGCCAAGAGGACCGCCGAGCAGCCGGCCGGAAGAGACGUCAAGGGGAAGGAUGACUCCGUAAAUCGGGACAAAAGGAAAGCGGCAGCCGGCGGUCAGAGUAAAGACAAGGAGCGAGCCACGGGUCCACCCACCUCCGCUCUGUCGUCCCUACCGCUGACCCUCGCGGUUCUGGAGCACGUGACUAAAGGAGAAAGCUUGAAGGACAGCUUGCUCUCCGUGAAGAAAAAGUCGGAGAAAAAGGCCCAUCAGCUGCUUUCCGACUUGCCUCUCCCCCCCGAACUCCCCGGUGGCACGUCUUCGCCGCGCAGCCCGCCCGACGACAAAAAGUCCCCAACUCUUCAACGAAGACCAAAAAUCUGCGGGCCAAGACACGGCGAGAUUAAGCAAACCGAGAUCGACUGGGGCAAACGCUGCGUGGAUAAAUUCGAUAUACUUGGAAUCACGGGGGAAGGCACCUACGGCCAGGUGUACAAAGCUAAAGACAAAGACACCGCUGAAAUGGUGGCUCUGAAGAAAGUUCGUCUGGACAACGAAAAGGAGGGCUUCCCGAUCACCGCCAUCCGAGAGAUUAAGAUUUUGCGGCAGCUCAACCACAAGAGCAUCAUAAACAUGAAGGAGAUCGUCACGGACAAGGAGGAUGCUCUGGAUUUCAAGAAUGACAAAGGCGCUUUCUAUCUUGUGUUCGAAUACAUGGACCACGACCUGAUGGGCCUGCUGGAGUCCGGCCUCGUCCAUUUCAACGAGAGCCACAUCAAGUCCUUCAUGCGACAGUUGCUGGAGGGCCUCGACUACUGCCACAAGAAGAACUUCCUGCACAGAGACAUCAAGUGCUCCAAUAUUUUGCUCAAUAACAAAGGUCAAAUAAAGCUGGCCGACUUUGGUCUCGCUCGACUCUAUAACUCUGAAGAGAGUCGUCCAUACACCAAUAAAGUGAUUACACUAUGGUACCGCCCCCCUGAGCUACUUUUGGGAGAAGAGAGAUACACGCCGGCUAUAGACGUGUGGAGCAGCGGAUGCAUCCUUGGGGAACUGUUCACAAAGAAACCCAUCUUUCAAGCCAAUCAGGAGCUUGCCCAGUUGGAGCUCAUCAGCCGAAUAUGCGGCAGCCCCUGUCCUGCCGUCUGGUCGGACGUCAUCAAACUUCCAUUCUUCAACACCAUGAAACCAAAGAAGCAUUACAGGAGGCGGCUACGGGAGGAGUUUGCUUUCAUCCCCCCGUCUGCCCUGGACCUGUUUGACAACAUGUUGAACUUGGACCCCAACAAACGCUGCACGGCCGAACAAGCGCUGUGCAGCGAGUUCCUGAAGGGCGUGGACCCGGACAAGAUGGCCCCGCCAGAUCUUCCACUGUGGCAGGACUGUCACGAGCUGUGGAGUAAGAAACGCCGGCGGCAGAAGCAGAUGCCGGAGGAAGCGGCGGCCCCCAAGGCGCCCCGCAAAGAGCUGGGCCCCGACGACAGCCGCAACAACACCCCUCAGGGCCUCCCGGCCCCCGGCGGCGCCAAAGCUCAGAACACGUCUGCUUCUGCGCCGCCGGACAAAAAGGCCCCGACCUCCCAGUUGACCCAGGAGCAGCUGGCGGUGCUCCUGAACUUCCUGGGCCAGCCCAAGAGCUCCAUCAACGCGGCCCAGUUCGUCCAGGGCUCGAAGGUCAAUCAGGAAACGUUACAGCAGCUCUCCAAAGCCCUGGCGCCCCCCAACCCUGCUGAGCCCCCCCCUCCGUCGGCGCCGGCGAAGCCUCCCCAGCCCGCCGCCCCCGCGGGCGUGCCCCGCACCCCCCCGAUGCCCAAGCCUCCCUCGCCCCCCGUGUCCGCGACGUCGGGCGUUCAGGACGGCGAGUCGUCCGCCGCCGCCGCCGCCACGCAGACGGCCGUGACGAUGCUGCUGGCCCAGCUCCUCCAGGCUCGGCAGGCGCCGAGGCAGGAGGCGAGCGGGGGCGGGGCGGAGGGCGCCCACCCCGCUGGAGCCGCGGCGCCCGGGGGGCAGCCGCGGCCGGCAGAGGUCAAAAAGCCAACAGAGCCCAUCCCCGUUUCUCCAGCGGGUGAAGCGGGCGGUGUUUCCAUCCUGCCCCCCAGCCAGAGGCCCCCAGAGCCCCCCGAGCCGCCUCCGCACGCCGACCUGGACUACCGGCAGCCUCCGCCGGAACCGAAGACGGGCCACGCGGCGCCCAUCGCUUCUGCAGACGGAGGCGACGGCGGGAGACCGCCGGAGCCCGGCUACCCGCCUCUCCCCACCGCCGAGGGCCCCGGGUACGGCGGGGACUACAUCCACCCGCCUCCUCCGCCCUUCACUCCCGCGGGGUUCGGGGACGCUUACAUGGGCCACAUGCUGGACGGCGGGCUGCCCCCUCACGCUCUGAGAGAUGUGUUUGGCGGACGCCGGUCGGCCGCCGGCUCCUCAUCCGCCGCCGGCGUCCUGGCCCCGGACCCCUUCCCCCGGGGCCACGGGGUCGCCAGGCCCGACAGCAUGGUGUUCACGGGGGACCAGGACCACCGCUUCACCUACAAUCACAGCCCGCUGCCCGCGGAGGGGCAGCCCAACCCCGGCGCCAUCCACCUGUACAACCACGCCAUGGCGAGGACGGACGGCGGCCCGCCUCUGGGGCAACCCUGGGGCUCCCCUUCCCAAGCGGGGGCCCCGCCGCUCCCCCUCGGCUUCGUCCCGCACGUCAACUCGGCGGCGACAAUCAGGGGGCGGGGCCUGCCUUUCUGAGAAGAGCGGAGGCGGCGGUUUGUGACGUUGGAACAAAAGGUCAGGAGGACUCCGUCGAGAGCCCCGAGCCCAGGGGCCCGGAGCCGCUCGGAGCCCAGGGGCCCGGUGUCGUUCCUCCUCAGCCUGGAAUGUGGAGGACGGCGACGAAGGACAGCCGGAUAUCAGCGGAGGAGCUUUUCUCGCUCUUACCAUUUUCCUAUUUUUUUAAAAUCUAUUCUGCUGUCUUUUAAAUUAAACUUUUACCCUUUUUUUUUUGUGUACAUUUAUCAGUCCGGGUACAUUUAAAAUCUCAACUUUUUUUUUUAGCCUUUCUAUAAUUGCUCCAGGGCAGAAUAGUAUUAAUGAUUUUGCACUACUGACUGAAGUAGGCAUAAACUAUUUUACCUAUGAAAGGAAAUUCAUGACAUGCUUUAUCUGCACAAUUAGGACGAUUGACCUGUAAGUUCGUGCUCCUCUUCACGUCGGCCGUUGUGUCGAAGCCGCGGCGGCUCGUUUGAUUGGCUGCCGGGAGCGAUUUGAGGAACGCGGUCCGUUGGGUCCAGACCGGCUGGCAGCACACGGCUGAAAGACCGUUCUCCAUUUUUUGUUUCCACAUGCCUCUUUUCCAGGUGUUGUAAAAAUCAUGAACAAAACAAAAACCCAAACAAAGUAAAAAUAAAAAAUGACUGAUGAUUUUGUCCCCCUCCCUCCUCCUUUGGGAAAUGUUUAUUAAAGAAAUGCCAACAAUG